CGUGGUUACGUGCAUUCUGAGGGCGUGGUUUAGCGCGGCGUCCGCUCUCCCGGAAAGCGUCGUGUGACGUUGGUGCCGCACAGGAGCUGCGGCGGUCGCUGCGGAGGAUGGUGUUAAUCAAGGAAUUCCGAGUAGUUUUGCCAUGCUCCGUAGAAGAGUAUCAAGUUGGUCAGCUGUAUUCUGUAGCAGAAGCUAGCAAAAAUGAAACGGGUGGCGGUGAAGGAAUUGAAGUCUUGAAAAAUGAACCAUAUGAAAAAGAUGGUGAAAAGGGCCAAUAUACACACAAAAUCUACCAUCUAAAAAGUAAAGUCCCUGGCUUCGUAAAGAUGUUCGCUCCAGAGGGAUCCUUGGUUUUCCAUGAAAAAGCAUGGAACGCAUAUCCUUACUGUAGAACAAUUGUAACGAAUGAAUAUAUGAAAGAAGACUUCUUCAUUAAAAUUGAGACUUGGCACAAACCAGAUAUGGGGACUCAAGAAAAUGUACAUUGUUUAGAUCCCAAUGUGUGGAAAACUGUUGAAGUGGUCCAAAUCGAUAUUGCAGAUAGAAGCCAAGUAGAACCAGCAGAUUACAAAGGCGAUGAAGAUCCAGCAAUAUUUCAGUCCAUCAAAACAAAACGGGGGCCUCUGGGACCGAAUUGGAAGAAAGAACUGGCAAAUUCAGAGGACUGUCCACGAAUGUGUGCUUACAAACUAGUUACAAUUAAAUUUAGAUGGUGGGGACUUCAAAAUAAAGUAGAAAAUUUUAUUCAAAAGCAAGAAAAACGAAUAUUUACAAACUUUCAUCGUCAGUUGUUCUGCUGGAUUGACAAAUGGAUUGAUCUAACAAUGGAAGACAUAAGGCGAAUGGAGGAUGAAACACAAAAAGAGUUAGAAGCGCUACGCAACCAAGGUCAAGUGAGAGGAACAAGUGCUGCCAAUGACGAAUGAAGACGGACCUGACCAAAGCGCAUGCUGAAUUUUGUCAUUUACAUCCGUGUUUAUAUACCUGUAUGUUUAUAGUUAUAUAAACACUCCGAGCAUAAACUACUUAAGUGUACUGUACCUGACAUGAGCAAAAAAAAUGUAAAGAAAGUGUACUGUACAUGACUAGUUUACAAACCCUAUGAAUGUCACUAGCAUUGCGAGGCAUGGACUCCUGACAGCCAGGCCAUCUUUUUUUCAACUUUUUAAUUAUUUAAGUUUCACACCAGGCAAAUAUACUAUCAUUUUGUUCUAUAAUAAAUUUACCAAAUAAUAACGGGAUUAUUAUGGCGUUACAUAAAACCUGAUACUCGAUGGAGAUGAUGCUAAUGUCACUGUUUAUAUAUGAGGCACCUGCUAUAAGCUACUUUAGGUUUUCUUAGGGUAAAUUUUAGAUUUUCUCCAAAAUGCCCAGUAGUUCAUAUGCUUAUUUUUUUACCAGAAUAGUUUACUUUACCAUUUUAUUUGGUUAGUUGAUCUCCGUCCCAAAUUUAAAUAUAUAUAGUUAUUCGUGGGAGAUGUCUGUCUUUCCGGGGUCUUGUCUACUGAGUCGUCCCUCCCCCAAAUCUGUGUUUACAUGGAGCAAAGUACAAGAAAACCUCUGGUGAAAUAAUGCAUGACACACCGGUAUGCUGUGCACACUUUCAGCUGGGUGGUUAUGGGAUAUUGUUUCUCCUGUAGUUUUCUGGAUGCCAUCUGGAAUGCAUUGUGCACAUUCUUUUGCGCUUUCUCUCCUUCGGUUUCCCUCCUUACGCACACAGUUGGAAGAUGUUGCUCAUUUCAGAUGUUGCAGUUUGGAAUCUAUGCAAACUGUUUCAUUUCUACAUUAUUUCUGCUUUCCACUCUGAAGGCUCUUCUAUGUGUAAAAUGUAACUUAAGAUGAUAUAUAAAAACAUUAAUAAUGCGAGUGAGAGGUUAACAAAAUAUUAUACAGUUCAGUUGUAGAUAUAUCCGCAAUAGAUUUUUGUAACGGAGCAUGUUCAAUACUUAGUAUUUGUUUGGCUUAUUAAAUUGAAAUCUAAAGGAAAUAUUUUACGAAAGACAGGAAAGAUUUUUUUACGAAAUGUUCAGCUAGAACUGCAACGUUAAGCUCUUGUAGUUUGUGUUCACACUUGCCUUUACACUACACCUCUUUAGUAAAUGCCCCUGGUUUCGACCUUAAUACUCUAGACCUAAAGCUAUACAUUUUUGAAGUCUGUUAUUAUCAUGAUCCAGAUAUUAUUUCCCUCAGGUGGGAGUUAGAGUCAAACACAAGGAAAUGUUGCAGUGUCUUAGUCCAGAUUUUAAUAUUCAGGGGAACUUUUAAUGAAUGUAAAAUGUCAAGAAUUGCAGUCUGGUGUGUGAACAGUACGUCAAUUAAGUGUAAGUAACCAAUAAAUUUGAUCACCAAAUAUAACUGAAGGCUCUUUAU